AGUCAUAAGUGGGGCAAAUUAUCAUUUUUCACUUCCUCGCAUCAACAAUGCCUCGACUUCAUCAUUAUCUCCCAAAUCAAGCCUUCGUCGUCCUUCUUCUCUUCUCUUCCAUUGCCUCGGCAGCUAUUGUCGAACAUGUUCUCCACAUCAACGAUGUCGUGGUGAAACCGUUAUGCAAGGAGCAAAUAAUACCGGCAGGUAACGGAAGUCUUCCCGGCCCAACGAUAAACGUUAGAGAAGGCGACACUCUUGUGGUUAAUGUCAUUAACAACUCAACUUACAAUGUAACCAUCCACUGGCAUGGAGUUUUUCAGUUGAAGAGCGUAUGGAUGGACGGUGCGAAUAUGAUAACUCAAUGUCCGAUUCAACCAAGUAACAACUUCACAUAUCAAUUCGAUAUCACCGGACAAGAAGGUACACUGUUAUGGCACGCACACGUCGUUAAUCUGCGUGCCACUCUUCACGGGGCUCUAGUCAUCCGUCCCCGAUCCGGCCGUCCUUACCCUUUUCCUAAACCCUACAAGGAAGUUCCUAUCAUUUUUCGAAUGUUUAACCUCAAAGUUGUACAAGGAAAAACAUACUUGCUAAGGAUUAUAAACGCAGCACUCAACACUCACCUCUUCUUCAAAAUAGCCAAUCACAACGUCACAGUUGUCGCUGCAGAUGCUGUCUACACGACGCCGUAUGUCACCGAUGUGAUGAUCUUAACGCCGGGACAAACCGUUGACGUACUUCUCACCGCCGACCAGCCCAUUGGAAAGUACUACAUGGCCACCGUCCCUUACAUUAGUGCCAUCGGGAUACCAACCCCCGACAUCAAACCCACCAGAGGCUUAAUCGUCUACGAGGGUGCCACGUCAUCAUCAUCGCCAGUGAAGCCGUUGAUGCCUGCUACGACUGACAUAGCCACCGCUCAUACGUUCUCCUCUAACAUCACUAGCCUCGUGGGUGGACCACACUGGAAGCCAGUGCCUCGUCACGUGGACGAGAAGAUGUUCAUAACCAUGGGGCUUGGCUUAGACCCAUGUCCUUCGGGUACCAAGUGUAUUGGACCGUUAGGUCAAAGGUAUGCUGGAUCUCUCAACAACCGCACUUUUAUGAUUCCGCAGACAAUCUCUAUGCAAGAGGCUUAUUUUUACAACAUUACUGGAGUCUACACCGAAGAUUUUCCCGACCAACCACCGCUUAAAUUUGACUACGCAAAAUUCCAACAGCGUACCAAUUCUGACAUGAAGAUGAUGUUUCCGGAAAGAAAGACUAGCGUCAAAACAAUUAGGUUUAAUUCAACAGUCGAGAUUGUUUUGCAAAACACGGCUAUUCUCUCCCCGGAGAGCCACCCCAUGCACCUUCACGGCUUCAACUUCUAUGUUUUGGGUUAUGGAUUUGGUAACUAUGAUCCUAUUCGUGAUGCAAGAAAGCUAAAUCUAUUUAACCCACAAAUGCAUAAUACCGUUGGUGUACCACCAGGUGGAUGGGUUGUCCUCAGAUUCGUCGCUAAUAAUCCUGGUGUAUGGCUCUUCCAUUGUCACAUGGAUGCUCAUUUACCAUACGGGAUUAUGAAUGCUUUCAUAGUUCAAAAUGGGCCAACUCCGGAAACGAGCUUGCCAUCUCCACCGUCGAAUCUUCCGCAAUGCACUCAUGAUCCUACGAUCUAUGACUCUCGGACGACUAACACUGAUUUGUCUUACUAAAAGCAACUAGGUUCGUUUUCCAUUUUUAAAGAAAAAAAAAAUACAUUUACUAUUGACUAUCAGUCGUAGUCAUUAUUUCCACAUUUUUGGAAAUCAUUGUUUCUCAAAAAUCAGUAUUUUUCUUGUGUUAAUUUACAAAAAUUUUGGUCACCAGUGCCCUUCAAUGCUUGAACUGAUUUGUACGAGAAACAAUUAUUUUAUCUAUAUAAUAAUGUUAUUUUUGUUAU